CAUAUCCGGUUCGUUUUAGAAACAGCAGCUCGUGUUAAGGCCGGACUGGGGGCGAGGGAUCGGGGAAAGCAGUCGCCCUAAUGCAGAUGGAGGAAGAUCUGCAAACCCUUCUCCAAGAUCUGGAAGCCCUCAAAGCAUGCAUCUCCAAUCCCAGUCGCGUCGAUUCCGUCGAUCAGAUUAAAGAACGAGUUGUUCAGGUUAUGAACUUGAAAAAAGCUGGCAUGGCUAAGCGAUCCAAAGUGAAGGACAUGAGCGCUGAGGUUAUCGAUAACAACCCAUACAGUAGGCUGAUGGCGCUUCAACGUAUGGGUAUUGUAGUGAACUACGAAAGAAUACGAGAAUUCUCUGUUGCAAUAGUAGGCAUAGGUGGUGUAGGCAGUGUUGCUGCAGAGAUGCUCACUAGAUGUGGGAUUGGUCGCCUAUUGUUAUAUGACUAUGACACUGUUGAGUUGGCUAACAUGAACAGGCUAUUCUUUCGUCCUGAUCAGGUAGGCAUGACCAAGACUGAUGCUGCUGUUCAAACCCUUGAAGAAAUCAAUCCUGAUGUUGUGUUGGAGAGCUAUUCAUUGAACAUCACAACAGUGGAAGGUUUUGGAGUUUUUAUGGAGAGCCUUAAAAGAGAAGUUUCGCUGAGAAGUAAACAGAAGAGUAGGGUUGAUCUUGUUUUGAGCUGUGUUGACAACUACGAGGCUCGUAUGGUUGUGAAUCAGGCAUGCAAUGAAUUGCGACAGACAUGGAUGGAAUCUGGUGUAUCUGAAGAUGCUGUUUCAGGUCAUAUACAAUUGCUGGUUCCUGGAGAAACUGCUUGUUUUGCUUGUGCUCCUCCUUUGGUUGUAGCAUCUGGAGUGGAUGAGCGAACGCUUAAGCGUGAAGGUGUAUGUGCUGCAUCCUUACCAACAACUAUGGGGGUUGUGGCUGGUCUCCUUGUUCAGAAUGCACUGAAAUACCUGUUGAAAUUUGGGAAUGUUUCACCUUAUUUGGGAUAUAAUUCACUUAAAGAUUUUUUUCCUACCAUGGAAAUGAGACCGAAUCCACAAUGUUCCAAUGGAGCCUGCAUUGAGCGACAGGAGGAGUAUCUUCAAGCAAAACCAGCUAGAGAAGCCGCUGCAAAAGCAAAGCUAGAAGCUGAAUCUUCUGAAAAUGAUGGCCCGCUCCAUGUUGAUAAUGAGUGGAAUAUAAGUGUGGUUGAUGAUAAGGAGAUUGAAACCAUAAAUGCAUCUUCUUCAUCAGCUGCUCUACCGGAGGGCCUCAUUCAUGAACUCCCUGUUGCUGAAAUAGAUCCUGGUGCAGUAGAAACAAAAGAAAUCGAGGAUGAUCUUAUGGAACUACAACGACAGCUCGAUGCUCUCAACGCAUCUUGAUGUUUUCAGUGACGUCCAUCUUAGUGUUUUUUCCCUUCUAUAAACUAAGCUUUAACUUACUGGAACUUGUUCCCCAUGCCAUCUGGAGUUCACAGGGAGACAAGGUUGUCUAGUUGAGGAAGGUUUGUUAAGACUGUCGAACCUGUUUGAUUUAAGAUUUUCUUGUUGGUAGAACAGGUCUGUGUGUUGUUCGAAGCCUCCUUUGUAGAAGAUGAAAUAGAGAAAGAUUUUCUUGAGGAA